AUGAGUUACUUUAAAUACACGUUAUCCGGUGAGGAUAAGGUGGAUCAGGUGUUGCGGGAGGAGAAGAGGGUCGAAGGGGCAGGAGGGGGUGAUGAGGAGACGGAUAGCGAGGGCAGGGAAAAGAGGGAAACAAGUGAUGGGGUAGGAAAAGUUAAUAAUAAGAAGAAGAGGGGGCCACUGCCAAUGGCACAGAGGUUGUUGAGGGAAAAGGUAGAGAGACAGAAGUUGGGAAUGAGAUGCGAAUCAAUACAGGAUCUGAUGCAGGUAGCGAAGGAUAUGGAAUUCGAUAAGGGACGAGAAGAGGUUAGCAAUGUAGGAAGAGGGAGGGACGGUGGUCAAAAUAGGAACAGAGAGAGGCGGGGGGAAGAGGAAAGCGAUGAGGACGAGGAGGAAAGGAGGGAGGAGAGAGAAGAAAUGCAGAGAAUGAAGGAGGGUUUAGACAUGUGGCAAGGGAAAUGGGAAGAAGAACGGGGAAGAAUAUGGGAAAAAUUGAAUGAGGCAGAGGAGAAAUGGGAGAAGGCGGAGAGGGAAAGAAAGGAGGAGAAAAAGGAAACGGGAAAUAGAUUAGAGAGGGUAGAAGAAAAGAUUGAGAAAGUUGACGUGAUCGAAAGAAAAGUCAAGGAGUGGUUAGGGAGGAGAGGAGGGAUUGGGGGGAGGGAGGGGAGUGGAAGCAUAGGCGCGAGCAUAGAGAAAAGAGUCCAGGAGUUAGAAUGGAGGGAGGAAAAAGCAGAAAGGGAGAAGAGGAAGAGCAAUUUUGUAAUUAGGAGAGUGAGGCUAGACACAAUGGACGGAAGAGGGGAAGUGGAGAAAUGGUUGAGGGAGGUGCUGGAGGUAGAGGAGAGGAGGAUACAAUGGGAGCUGGAAAGAAUGGCGGAUUUAGAGUUGAGGUGGGGAAGGGAAGUGGGAGUGGGAAAAGGAAGAUUGUGGAUCGAGGGGAGACUCUGGAUUUGGGAUGAUAAAAUGAUGAAGUUAAGGAAUGGAAGGGGAGAAGUUUGGGACGAGGAGAAGAGAAAAAAUAAGGUGGAGGAUGAGACUCAAGAGGACGUAAUGGACAUGGAGGGGGAGGGGGAAGGCAGCGGAAG